CCAUCUCCCCUUCCCCUUCCCCUUCCCCUUCCUCGUCUCGCGCAGCCAAACGUCUCCGCCUCCUCUCCUUCCCCUCGCCGCCGCGCUCGCCACCCCUAUUAAUUCUCCUCCUCCUCCACUUCCACGUCCACCACUCCGCACGCCUCGACGCACAACCUCCUCCUCCUUCGACGUCGUGCGCUUCGCUUCGCCAGUUCGCCUACUUCCUGCCGUUCCUGUCUGUGCCGAGACACGCAGGGCAGAGGCAGAGCCAAGUCAGGGGAGAGCACUAGAGCACAGGGCAGCCAGCGGUCAAGAAAGGAAGGAGAGAAGAGCCGGCGCCAUGUCCGUGCGAGUGGCGUCCGCGCCGGCGGCGGCGAGGUCCGCGGGCGGCGUGGCUGCGUGGCCGUACCUGGAGCACAUGGCGCGGUGGGAGCGUCAGGUGGAGCGGCGGCAGCUGUUCCUCCGGAGCUACCACUUCUCCCGCGACGCCGAGUCCCCACGGUCCCCGCGCGCGCGCGCCAGGCGCGUCGUCUGGGUGGGGCUCCGCCGCCUGCGCCGCGCCGCGGCCACGGGCCUCCGCCGCCUCCGCGCGCGCCUCCGCCUCUGCUUCGGCUGGGCCACCCGCCGCCGCGGCUCCUCCUCCUUGCCACGCCGCUCCAAAACCGGUGGCCUACGCUACGGCCGCCUCUCCGGCGCCGGCAAGCCCCGCGCCGCCGCCGAGUCCGUCUUCUUCUGGUAACUGCGCUGGCGCCGCCGGCGCAGAGCACUGCACUGCAGAGGCGUGUGCGUGUGCGACCUCGAAGCAUUCUUUGCUUCGUCUGCUUGGUUGGUUGGCGUGUGUGAAACGGAGAGGAGCUUACUUAGACAUGGAUUAGCUGGUGGUGCAUGUUAACUUCUACUGCUGUUUCUGUGGAGUGCUUGCUUAAACUAGCAGUAUUAUUAUUUCCUAAUUAGAGAGGACAAAGAGUGUUAAUUAAUUAUUAGUAGGGGAUUAUGAAUGGCGUUUUUUUUUCAUUUUUCAUCGCAACUCGCUGCUUGUCUUGUCUGAAUAUAUUCUCCUGCCUUUUCUAUCAAUGAAUGAAUUGU